AUGGCCUCCGAUGGCGCCUCCUCAAUCUCCGUCACCGUUCGAGUCCGACCUUUCACUAUCCGAGAGGCCGCUCAAAUCUCCAAGUGCGACGAUGGCCCCCUCUUCCUGGGCGAUGGCUCGCUGGCCGGCAAGCCUGCUCCGAAGCUUAACCAAAAAGGGAUUCGAUCCAUUGUCAAGGUGAUUGACAACCGUUGCUUGGUAUUUGAUCCUCCUGAAGACAACCCCGUUCAGAAGUUCUCAAGGAGCGUGGUUCCAAAUGGUAAACGCGUCAAGGACCAAACAUUCGCUUUCGAUCGGAUCUUCGACCAAAAUGCCUCCCAGGGCGAGGUGUACGAGUCGACAACCCGCAGCCUUCUCGAUAACGUCCUCGACGGUUAUAAUGCCACGGUUUUCGCGUAUGGUGCAACGGGAUGUGGAAAGACGCACACGAUUACUGGUACCGCCCAACAACCGGGUAUAAUCUUCCUCACGAUGCAGGAGCUGUUUGAGCGGAUCGACGAGAGAUCGGCUGAAAAGGCUACGGAGAUCUCACUGUCUUACCUGGAAAUCUACAACGAAACUAUUCGCGACUUGCUUGUCCCCCACGGUGCCAAGGGUGGACUCAUGCUCCGCGAAGAUACCAACCAGUCUGUCUCGGUGGCCGGCCUGUCAAGUCACCACCCACAAAAUGUUGAGCAGGUCAUGGACAUGAUCAUGCGAGGUAACGAGUCCCGUACCAUGUCACCAACCGAAGCAAAUGCCACAUCUUCUCGAUCCCACGCCGUCCUGCAGAUCAACAUCGCCCAGAGAGACCGAAAUGCCGACGUCAACGAACCCCAUACAAUGGCUACCUUAAGCAUCAUCGAUCUUGCAGGUAGCGAGCGAGCCAGCGCGACAAAGAACCGAGGCGAACGUCUAUUGGAAGGUGCCAACAUCAACAAGUCUCUGUUGGCAUUGGGAAGCUGCAUCAAUGCCCUCUGCGACCCUCGCAAGCGCAACCAUAUCCCUUACCGCAACUCCAAGCUUACCCGUCUGUUAAAAUUUGCCCUUGGCGGUAAUUGUAAGACCGUCAUGAUUGUCUGUGUCAGCCCUUCGAGUCAACACUUCGACGAGACACAGAAUACUCUCCGAUAUGCAAAUCGAGCAAAGAACAUUCAGACCAAGGUUACUCGCAAUGUCUUCAAUGUUAACCGACACGUCAAGGACUUCUUGGUUAAGAUUGACGAGCAAAUGAAUCUGAUCAACGAACUUAAGGCGCAGCAAAAAGAUUCCGAGAAUGUGGCCUUUGCCAAAUUCAAGAAACAAAACGAGAAGAAGGAUGCCGUUGUACGCGAAGGUGUCGCCCGCAUUCGCAACGCCUACGAGCACACACUGCCUGAAAGACAAGAGAAGACCAACAAUAUGCUUAAAUUGAGACAAAUCAGCCGUCGAAUUGGCAUUUUGUCUUCUUGGAUCGCCGCUUUCGACAAUGUGCUGGCUUCGCGGGAGGAUGGUGAGGGCUUGGAAAGUCUGUGGGCGAUCCGCAAGACGGCCCAGGGUAUUCUUCUUGAACUUGAGGGCAGCAGACACCAUUAUAACCAACGACUGUCGAAGUGCACAUGGGACCGAGCCUUGAGCUCGGCAGUUGAGAAUGCAAUCAAGCAGCUCAAAGAAUUCGACAUUAGUGACAAUAGCGACUUUGCCAACCUGGACAGGGAGGCUGACCUUCUUCGAUCCAAUGCAGAGCGUGAGGCUCUGGCUGCAGUGGUGGAUCAGGAUAAAGCUGGAGAAGCUGCAGCCGUUCAAUUGCUUUUGCAAGCUCAAUUCGAGAUGAUGGCCUCGAUGGAGGACAUUAUGCAACUCAAUGCCUCUGAGGCCAUUCAGAAGGGACGCGUGAUGAUCACAAAGAUGCUGGACAACUGCUCAAACACGGCAUCGAAUCUGGUCAAGCCAGACGGCAGUUUGCCUCUACUUCCUGCCCUACAAAGCCCAGUCAAGGCAGCCAGCCCUCUCAAGCCAAAGAAGCGAUUCAGCUUGGUCAGUAUGCCUCCGCCGCGGACAAGCCUCGGCUCUGCUGUCCAGUUCGCCCCAGCAGCUCCUGCGUCUCCCACCAAAGCAUCGCCCCGCCGUCGCAAGGUCGCUGCUGGCCGGAAGAGCGUGAGCUUCUCACCGAAAAAGACCCAGGUCAAGGCCACCAAAAGAUCUGUUCGCUGGAAGGAUGACGAGGAUGAUGGUCCCCUGACUGAAUUCCAGAAAACACCUCAGAAGGCUCUUGAUUAUGUCGAUUAUAAUGACGAGGCCAGCUCGGAAGAGCCCUCAUUGCCUCGGUCAUCAUCUCCUAUCCCCCGAAGCAUCCCGCGGGUUGUCAGUCCAUCGAUUGCCAUUUCUCCUGCCCCGGUCCCCACUGAGGGCACUUUGAAUGUCCAAAAGAAUAACAGCCGAUUCAAGGCUGGCUUCCUGGCUAAAAGAGUUGGUAGCUCUCCUCUGGCACCACCUCCUACCGCCAGUCUCCCACUGUCUGAUAGCGACAACUCUCCACUUCGGGACAUCGAUGGCAGCAGCUUCUUGAACCGCGCCUCUUCAGAGCGGCCAUCUCGAAUCGCAGUUCGCAGCCCGAGCGGAAACUUUUCGAGUAGCCCGAUGUCCGACAGCAAGUCCGAGAACAAGGACAACUGGAAGAACGACAAAGAAGAGAUGAUCAAAAUAAAUUCUGCCAUGCGCCGCAUCUCUGUUGGCGCAGCCUCCGGUGGUGGCUCACUUCGUGUUCACCGGCGCCGCAGCCCCAGCUCCAACACCUACGGUAGCUCUUCCAGCGAUGGCAACAUGUUCACCGCAUCUCAGGCUCGCCGGAUGGUCAAGAGCGAGAAGGAACUCGAUUCCAAGCCUCGUGUUCUGAGCCCUCACACUCUGCCCGUGAUGAAAAAUACCGGGAGACGCACUACUCUAGGUGGCGAGAUCCGGCCUCGACAUGCCAGUCUUUCCACUCGGGAUGCGACGCGUCUCAGUGCGAUGGCUACCCCUACUGUUGACCGCAACUUGCGGUAG